AUGCGAGCUCUCUCGGGAGCAUCACCUUUGCAGCUUAAGGAGCUGCUCGGAAGAGGGUCCUGCGGGAGCGUAUACAAAGCAGUGUGGAAGGGCGUGCCAGUGGCUGUCAAGGUCAUUGAGCAUGAUGAUGAGGAGCUGUCGAGCCCCGGCCUGUCGCCGCUGUCGUCCUGCGCUGGGCUGCAUGCUUUCAGCACUGACGUCGGCCUCUCUGCUGGCCUGGCGACCAAUGCCCUUUCGACAAGGGCCAUAGAGGAGGAGCUGGAGCGGGGUGCACAGCUGAACACCAGGAACCUGCUUGCGGCCGGCAGAGCAGCGACAGAGCAGUGUGGCGGCCGCACAAUGACCAGCAGCAUGGCCACCACCAGGGGGAGCCAGGCUCUGCUCGAGGCUGCCAUGAGCAGCGCCAUCUGCCAUCCCAACAUCGUGCAGACCUUUGACUACCAGAUUCUGGAUCCGUCAUCCUCCGCUGGCUUCUUCGGAGCGCAGGGCUGCAGGCCAAACCUGAAUGGCCUGAGCGGCGCACUGCAGGAGACGCGGAUAAUCAUGGAGUUUUGUGAUGGGGGGACUCUGGAGGAUGCCAUGCACAGUGGCAGGUUCCAUGGGACGGAUGCCCAAGGCCGGGCAGUGGCAGACAUGGAGAGGGUCUGCCUGACACUGCUGGACAUUGUCAAGGCGAUGGAGUACCUGCACCUCAUGCGCAUCUUCCUCAAGGAUCUCAAACCCAAGAACGUGCUCCUGGCCUCAUCAAAGGUGGACAAGCGUGGCUUCAUCGCCAAGGUGUCUGACUUUGGGUUGAGCCAGCUCCAGCCAGACAAGUCCCCCUGCAACGAGACCACCUCGACUGGGGUGGAAGCUGCAGGCACUGUCACGCACAUGGCUCCAGAGAUGAUCGCGCACGGUGUCGGCUCCUGCGCAUCAGAUGUGUACUCUUUUGCAAUCCUUGCAUGGGAGCUUUAUGCUGGGAGAGGCGCGCAUUCAAGUCUGAGCAAAGUCCAGAUCAUGUUUGGCGUCGCAUCUCAGGACAUGCGGCCAGAGUUCCCUCAGCCUACCCCAGCAUGGUACAGAGACCUGGUGUCCACUUGCUGGUCAAGAGAUCCUCGAGCAAGGCCCACUUUCGCGGAGAUCAAGGCUAUCCUUCUGAGAGAGAUUGCAGGGGUGGACAAGCUACAGAGAGACACAUGUGCACAAGCACCAUAG